AUGGUUCGAGGAUUGCGGGUGUUGCGCUACGUUGUUGUAGCGGUUACCCUUUUGCUCAUUAUUUAUAAGGUGUCCAACAAAGAUGUGGAUCUCUCUGAAUACACCAAGAAGUUCGGCAACGUGAACUCACUACGCGGAACCACAGGAGGUCUUCACGGAGGUAAGGCCGAGGAGGACGUGUCUGCGCCGGCCACCACUGCAGGUAACUCGUCGCCCGCUCCCGCGCAGCCCAAUGCUGCUGACGGAUUGGCAAGUACUUAUGAGCGCCAGAACGCCACGUUUGUUACGCUUGCUCGUAACCAGGACCUCUGGGCCGUCGUGGGUUCGAUCCGUGAGGUCGAAGACCGCUACAACCACAAGUACCACUAUGAUUGGGUCUUCUUGAACGACGCCGAGUUCACCGAGGAGUUCAAGACCAUCGUGUCUUCUUUUGUCUCUGGCAAGGCCGUGUUUGGCCAUAUUCCCCCCGAGCACUGGUCGUACCCCGACUGGAUCGACCAGGAGAAGGCUGCUUUGGUCCGCGAGGAAAUGAAUGAAAAGAAGAUCAUCUACGGGUUCUCUGAGCCUUACCGCCACAUGUGUCGGUUCGAGUCUGGUUUCUUCUGGCGUAACCCUGCCCUCGACGCGUACAAGUACUACUGGCGUGUCGAGCCGCACAUCAAGCUGUUCUGCGACAUUGACUACGACCUUUUCGCCUUCAUGAAGAACAACAAGAAGAGUUAUGGCUUCACCAUUUCUCUUUACGAGUACGAGGCCACCAUCGAGACGCUUUGGAAGACUGUCAAGGGAUUCAUGGCUGAGUACCCUCAGCACAUUCACCCCAACAAUGCUCUGAACUUUAUUUCCGACGACGGUGGUGAGACCUACAAUUUGUGUCACUUCUGGUCCAACUUCGAGGUCGGCGACCUCGACUUUUGGCGCAGUGACGCCUACCGCGCCUUCUUCGACUACCUUGACAAGGCCGGUGGAUUCUUCUACGAGCGCUGGGGCGAUGCUCCUGUCCACUCGAUUGCUGCUGCACUUCUUAUGGACCGCAGCGAGCUGCAUUACUUCAACGACGUUGGUUAUUGGCACGUUCCUUUCCAAAACUGCCCCGUUGACGAGGAGACCCGCCGUCGUCUCCAUUGUACAUGCCCCAGCGACGACAGCUUGCCCCCUGAUCAACGCAAUAUUUUCACAUGGCGCGGCUACUCGUGCACUCCUCGCUUCCACAAGGUCCAGGGUCUUGAGCGUCCCAAGGGCUGGAUCGAGCACACCGACAAAUAA